CUUCCGGUUUAUUUGCACCCACUGUAAAACAGGACGUUGUGCUUAAUGUGCCUCAGACACAAAUAACACGUAAGUGGCGCAAGAAACAAGAUCAAAAAUGAGUGAAAACGAGUCAUUACUACGAAAUGAUUACACCGGAGUGUCAUUCCAUUCAAAUUUCUUAUUCCAGAUCAAUGACAUAAGGAUUAUUCUGGUGGGGAAGACUGGAACAGGCAAGAGUGCGACAGGAAACACAAUUCUGAGACGGGACGUGUUUGAGUCUGAGGCCUCACCUGUGGGGGUUACAACACAAUGCAGCAGUGGUUUUGUGCAGGAAGGAGGAAGAAGAGUCUAUGUGGUUGAUAUGCCAGGGUUUUGUGGAUCGCUGACUAAAGAAGACAUGAAGACACACUUGGAGACUUGUGUUGAGCUGUCUGUUCCUGGUCCUCAUGCGUUCCUGCUGGUCAUCAAUCUGGAUGCGAGAUUCACAGCGGAGGAGAUGAACACAGUGAAACUGAUUCAGCAGAACUUCGGAGAAGACGCUGUGCACCACACCAUCAUCCUGUUCACCAGAGCAGAUCAACUGAGAGGUCAAUCUUUGCAGCAGUAUAUAGCAAGAUGCCAGCAUCUGAAGAGACUGACAGACAGGUGCGGUGGAAGAUAUCAUGCAUUCAACAAUAACGACAUGAGGAACCGCUCUCAAGUCACCGAGCUUCUGGAGAAGAUUGACAGAAUGACCCAGGAAAAUGGAGGAAGACAUUACACUAACAAGAUGUUUGAAGAAGCUCAAAAGAAGAUUAAGAAAAAAGAGACAAUGAAAAAGCUACAAAAUGCGGCAUUAGCUUUUGGAUCUGCUGUAGGAACGGGAGCAGCAGUAACAGGAGGUGUCAUCCUGGGAAUAACAGAAGUAGCUGUUGCUGGUCCUGUUGUUUUAAUCGGAGCUGGAGCUGCAGCUGGAGUGGGAAUGGGAAUGGCUGUGAAACUGGUCGUGAACAAAGUCCAGCAAAACAAAAAGGACAAAAAUUUGCCUAAAAAUAGCAAAACUCUUUUCAGAACAUAAAUACU